GUCGCAUUAAGGAGGUGGCAAAGGCCUUGAAGCAACGCCGACAUAUCUCCGUGUGUGUCCCGGCGCCGCCGCUCUCGGCACGGCCCACUUCCGAAGCUUCAAGCCACGACUGCGGCGACCGCCUAUGUUCCUGGCAGUGGACGGGUCAUUUCCAUCGAACCGUUGUUGUCUCUGUGUUGUUCAUCCUGUCGGGGCAACGGAAAGCACGCACAAUCAGCAGACAAAAGUGUCCUAACUGAACAAUUGUCUCACGAUCCAUGGGCGACACUUCUUGAUUGUCAACUACCAACGCAGUGAGUGCUCUUCCUGCUCAGUCGUCUUCCUCGGUAGCAGAGCGCACGGAGAGCAACAUUUUGGCGCACUCGGAAAGCUCCUCGACAAUGUGGGAGGAUCAACUCUCUCGAUAUAUUGACGAACUCGAGAAUGAGGCAUACGCACUGAGCCCUGAGGAGCGGGCUUAUUUCAGCUUCAGACCUCUUGCUCUUCCUACAGCGCUCACCGAUCGCAUCCCAACCGAAAUCUACGAGAUCGUCAUUGACUCCAUGGACGCAGGGCCCAUGCUAGCCGCCGCGGCAUUGGUCUGCACAGCGUGGUAUCCCCGAGCCAUGUACAACCUCUACCACGCCAUCGAGCUUCGUGACAGGACGAGCUUCACCCUCCUAUCCAAGCAGUAUCGCACAUCACCGCGCGUCAGGAAAUGGCUGGCAACCACCCGCGAGCUAUACGCCGCGGACCGGCACAAUCAAAUACACGAUCCCUCACCGCAGAGCAAAAGAACGGAAAGAGGCUACUUUCACGUAUUCCCCCUGACCAUAGGCCACGUCAUGUAUGGGCUACAGAACCUCACCAUCAAGAACUUUAACUCGGGAACUAUGCCCUUGACUGCCUUCGCCGCGCUGUCGCGAAUCAGCUCUCUCAAGUCGUUGACGCUGGCUUAUUGUAUGUUCAGCAACAUCUCCCAACUGCGGCGCAUCAUCUGCGCUUUCCCCCAGCUGCAGUCCCUUCGUUUAGGCGACAUCUUCAUGGUACAGCGGUACGCUGCCAGCACUGCGGGAGUAGACAGCACCCACCCACAGUCUGACGUCAGGCUUCAGAACCUCGCGAUCGGUCUGAACGAUACCGGAGCGUCUGGUACUGUCAUCGACUGGAUGCUGGCUUCAGGGAUCUGCACCUCCCUCCGUCGUCUUUCCGUCUGGUCAGUCGACCCUGACGGAUACGUCAUGGAACAUGUCGACAGGCUCCUCGCAGCCACGGGACCAUCCAUAACUGAGUACUUUGAAGAUCUUCCAUUAAACCACGUAAACGGGAAUCUCAUUCACAACACAGCGUUGCGAUCCCUGGACUUCAGGCUUCCUAACACGAAUUUGCGGGGCGAGCCGUUGCUUGUCUUGUAUUCCAGAACGACGGAAUCUCUUCGGAGCGUUCUCUCGAGCGUUCGGGGCGGCCAGCUUAACCACAUCCGUAUCAAGGCCGAGACUCCGCUCUACACAUACACGCUGGAGGACCUCAGCGACGUGCCCGACAAGCUCUACAUGCGGAGCCUGCACAAGGUGAUGGCCGAAUCGUACUUCGACGUGCUGAAGGAUAUUAGGGUGGAGAUAAUGCUGCUUGGUAUGCAUGGUUGGGACGAGGCGGACAUCGACAAUAUGACCCGGGGCUGCGGGGAUGUGCUUCGUGGCUUGUUUCAGCCAUGGAUAGACCGUGGUAUAGUCAACUUCUCCUGUCGUGCUGCAGUUUCCGUAUGAGCGAGCUCUUCUGUCUCUACCUGAACGGGCGUCUGUCUCAUCUCGUUUGUAGUUCAUAGAAAAUGUCACAAUUGUGACCCUACUAUACACUACGGUCGAGACAGACAUAUCGAACGUGCUCUGAUCCUCUGGAA